CAUGGCUACAAUGGAUGAUCAUUUCAACAGAGUGCUGAGGAAAAAUCCCACCAUUCAAGAUGACCUUCGUGCUAUUUUCAAGAGCUCCGAAUGUGACUCUCCACAGCGGUCAAUCACGCUCUCGCAGAUACGUGCUGCUUACGGAGAGAGAACCGGCAAGGAGUUCCCCAUCAAGGGUGGCACGCGCACCCAAAUGUGUUUCAUUUUGACAGUGCCAUAUAUUUGCUGCUUCACCAGUCGAAUUGGCACGUUGCGAUUCUAUUCGAUUGACAUUAAUCAGGAGAGAUAGAAGAUAUGUAUGUAUAUGUAUGUGCCCACAUACA